GUUGUUUGUUUUUUGUUUGUUUUUUUUAACCAAAAAGGUGAGAGAUUUUUCAUUAAUGUCCUAAAAUUUAAUGAACUGGGUUUACUUUUCAGUUGUUGUUUCAUUUUAACUUCUUUCCUUCAUGUCUCAAACUUAAAUUCAUUGCCAAUUCUUGGUUCGUUCACAGCAUUAACUCAGAAGUUCUAGAUUUUCAAAUCUUCAAAGUUUCUUGUUUUUUGUUUUUUCUCUUCUGUCCCCAAAAGAAAAAAUUUUCCCAACUUCAAAGGCCGAUCAGAAGAGACCACCCCAAAGAAAUGAAGGAGCCAGAAAAGAGCUUGGAUCCACAGCUAUGGCAUGCUUGUGCUGGAUCCAUGGUUCAAAUCCCACCAGUGAACUCCAAAGUCUUCUACUUUCCUCAAGGCCAUGCUGAGCACUCUCUCUCCUCGGUGGAUUUCUCGUCUUCUCCUCAAAUACCGGCUUUUGUUAUCUGCCGGGUGGCUUCUGUCAAAUUCUUGGCUGAUACUGAAACUGAUGAAGUUUAUGCCAAGAUCAUGCUUAUACCAUUGUCAAACAGUGAGCUUGAUCUUGAGGAGGAUGCCGUUUUAGGUGGUGGCUCUAAUGGGUCUGAUAAUGUCGAAAAGCCUGCUUCUUUUGCUAAGACAUUGACUCAGUCUGAUGCAAACAAUGGGGGUGGUUUUUCUGUUCCAAGAUAUUGUGCUGAAACCAUUUUUCCAAGAUUGGAUUACACUGCGGAUCCUCCUGUUCAAACUGUUAUAGCCAAGGAUGUUCAUGGUGAGAUUUGGAAGUUUAGGCAUAUCUAUAGGGGGACUCCUAGGAGACAUCUGUUGACUACCGGCUGGAGUACUUUUGUAAACCAGAAAAAACUUGUUGCUGGGGACUCAAUUGUGUUCUUGAGAGCCGAAAAUGGUGAUCUUUGUGUUGGUAUUAGGCGAGCAAAGCGUGGGAUUGGAAAUGGACCUGAGUCUGGUACUCCAGGUUGGAAUUCGGGUCUUGGAAAUGGAAAUUGUGUUGGUCCUUAUGGAGGGUUUUCAGCUUUCCUGAGGGAGGACGAGAGUAAGAUAAUGCGAAAUGGAAAUUUGGGUUGUGGUGGGAAUUUGAGAGGAAAGGGAAAAGUGAGGCCAGAGGCUGUCUUGGAGGCUGUGGCGCUUGCUGCUGGUGGCCAGCCAUUUGAGGUUAUUUAUUACCCUAGAGCAAGCACACCGGAGUUUUGUGUCAAGGCAUCUGGAGUAAAGGCGGCAAUGAGGAUUCAUUGGUGUUCCGGGAUGAGGUUCAAGAUGGCUUUUGAGACUGAGGAUUCUUCUAGGAUCAGCUGGUUCAUGGGGACUGUAUCUUCUGUUCAAGUUGCUGAUCCCAUCCGAUGGCCUAAUUCGCCAUGGCGGCUUCUCCAGGUGACAUGGGAUGAACCAGAUUUGCUGCAAAAUGUUAAGCGUGUGAGUCCCUGGUUGGUUGAAUUGGUAUCUAACAUGCCUGCCAUCCACCUGUCACCCUUCUCCCCACCGAGAAAGAAGUUGCGGCUCCCCCAACACCUUGACUUGCCCCUUGACGGACAAUUUCUGAUGCCAUCGUUUUCAGGCAAUCCCCUUGGGCCAAGCAGCCCUUUACAUUGUUUAUCUGAUAAUGCUCCUGCAGGCAUACAGGGAGCCAGGCAUGCUCAAUUUGGAUUAUCUUUAUCAGAUCUCCAUCUUAAUAAUAAACUGCAGUCAGGACUGUUUCUGUCCAGUUUCCAGCGGUUUGAUCCACACUCUAGAAUUUCUAAUGGCAUCAUGAUGGCAAGGCGCACAAACAGCAAUGAUAAUCUAUCUUGCUUGCUAACGAUGGGGAGUUCUAGUCAGAAGGAGAAAUCUGAUAACGCAAAAAGACACCAGUUUUUACUCUUUGGUCAGCCAAUACUUACUGAGCAGCAGCUCUCUCGAAGCUGUUCAAGUGAAGCUGUCUCUCAAGUUAUUAACGGAAAGAGUUCAGUAGAUGGUAAUGCAGACAAAACCAAAGAUGCUUCUGAUGGUUCGGGUUCUGCUCUUGAGAAUCAAUUUUCUCCAGAGAAGUCAUCUCGUGCUCGAUUUUUGUGGCACCCGGACUAUCGAACCACAGAACCUGGCCUGGAUACUGGUCAUUGCAAGGUAUUCUUGGAGUCAGAGGAUGUGGGACGAACUCUUGACCUGUCAGUUCUUAGUUCUUAUGAAGAGCUAUAUAGAAGGUUGGCCAACAUGUUUGGAAUAGAAAGAUCAGAGAUGUUGGGCCAUGUGCUGUAUCGAGAUGCAACAGGUGCCGUCAAGCAAACUGGAGAUGUACCAUUCAGUGCUUUUAUAAAGACAGCCAAAAGAUUGACAAUAAGGAUGGAUUCAGGCAAUGAUACUGUUGGAAGGUCAUGGCUUACUGGGAUUCGAACUGCUGAAAAUGGACUAGAUGGGCCAAACAAGACAGGUCCCUUGAGCAUAUUUGCAUGAUUCAGAGCCAUUGUCGAUAAAAAAAUGAAACAUGCAUGGAUCUUUCAAGAAUUAAACAGUAUCAAAGACUUUUUAGCUCCUCUUAGGGGAUGUCUAUAUAGGUUUCUUGUCCAAGUAUUUGUAUCCAACAGAACAUCCAUGUCUUUAUAAUCUGCUGAAUGUUUUAUCAGUUUAUGUUGAUGUUGACCAUCACUCCAUCCACUCAAAAGUACAAUUGUAAGGAACUCUGUUUAGCUCUUGUUUCCCACAUAUGCGUCAUAUUGCAAUUGAAGAUUCCCCUCUCUACUA